UAGAUAGAAAGAGUGAGAAUAUCUAAAACAUUAAAAGAAAAUGUACUAGUACUACCUUUUAUGAAUAGUCGGCGAGGGGUUUUCUGUGGACUCCUCUGCUGUUUUCUCAGAGGCCUGCCUGUGUCUCUACGGACCCUUUCAACCCUAAUCUCCGCCCUAUAACCCAUUUUCCGGCGAGGUUUCCACCCGGAAAACGGCGAAGAACCUCGAAAUGCAGAAUCAUAGGUUGAAGCAGCAGCAGCAGCAUCAGCAUCAGCAACAACAACAAGCUAUGAUGCAACAAGCUCUUCUUCAACAACAGUCUCUCUACCACCCUGGUCUCCUAGCUCCACCUCAGAUUGAACCAAUCCCAAGUGGAAAUCUGCCUCCUGGUUUUGAUCCAAGUACUUGCCGCAGUGUGUAUGUGGGCAACGUUCAUACCCAGGUAACCGAGCCACUUCUGCAAGAAGUUUUUGCAGGUACUGGCCCAGUUGAAGGGUGUAAACUUUUUAGGAAAGAAAAGUCAUCCUAUGGAUUCAUUCAUUACUUUGAUCGCAGAUCUGCUGCUCUGGCCAUAUUAACUCUCAACGGAAGGCAUCUUUUUGGGCAACCUAUCAAAGUUAACUGGGCAUAUGCUAGUGGUCAGAGAGAGGAUACAUCAGGCCAUUACAACAUAUUUGUUGGUGACCUCAGUCCUGAGGUUACUGAUGCUACACUUUUUGCAUGCUUUUCUGUCUACCAAAGUUGUUCAGAUGCAAGGGUUAUGUGGGAUCAGAAGACUGGGCGCUCAAGGGGAUUUGGAUUUGUUUCAUUCCGUAGUCAGCAGGAUGCUCAAAGUGCUAUAAAUGAUUUGACCGGUAAGUGGCUUGGAAGUAGACAAAUCCGCUGCAAUUGGGCAACAAAAGGUGCUGGUGGCAUUGAAGAGAAGCAAACCCCAGAAAACAAAAGUGUGGUGGAACUAACAAAUGGCUCAUCUGAGGAUGGUAAAGAGACACCUAACAGCGAUGCUCCUGAGAACAAUCCUCAAUAUACAACUGUUUAUGUGGGUAACCUUGGUUCUGAGGCAACACAGCUUGAUCUCCAUCGUCAUUUCUAUACCCUUGGGGCUGGUGUCAUAGAAGAGGUUCGUGUCCAGCGUGAUAAAGGAUUUGGGUUUGUGAGAUUUAGUACUCAUGCUGAAGCAGCUCUGGCAAUUCAGAUGGGAAACACCCAGUCUUAUCUCUGCGGAAAACUAAUUAAGUGCUCCUGGGGGAGCAAGCCCACUCCACCCGGAACUGCUUCAAAUCCUCUUCCUCCACCUGCCGCUGCGCCUUUGCCAGGUCUGUCCGCAACUGAUAUUUUGGGCUACGAGAGGCAGAUAGCAAUGAGCAAGAUGGGCGGUGUUCAUGCUGCAUUGAUGCAUCCCCAAGCGCAACAUCCUCUUAAGCAGGCUGCAAUCGGAGCAAGCCAGGCGAUAUAUGACGGCGGGUUCCAAAAUGUUGCUGCUGCACAGCAAAUGAUGUACUAUCAGUAAAAUAUAAUAAGCUAUCUAUAUAUAUCCUGCACACAUUGGUUGGUGUUAAAACUCCAGGGAGCUAUUUUCUUUUUUCUUUUUAAUUAAUGGUGGUGAUGUAGUUACACCUACCAAAUUAGAGCAAACAUUUGUAUGUGUUUGUAUCAUGUUGCGGUUUUCUAGUUAGUUGUGAUGAUGAGUUUUAUGAUGAUUUUAAGAUAAGUUUUCUUCUCACUGAUAUGGGUGUUACUUUUAUGAUGCAAUGAUUAUUGUCAUUACCACUAA